GCCAUGAUCGCUCUCAAACUGCUGAACUGGUUCUUCAUCACCUCAACAAUAGAGGAAGAAUAUGAAGAAGACAGAGAGAAGAAAACAUACAACGAUUCCCUUUACAAACGCGGUGACCUUUUGAUUGUAUCCAGGACUCUUUUUAAACAUUUUGGAAUCUAUUUAGGUGAGGGUCGUGUUGCUCAUUUUAUCCCAGACAUCCUCCCAGCGUUCACUAAUGAGAAGUCUGCUGUUGAGAAGAUGGUGACCAAUGAAAGGUUGAUUUUAGGGGUCUUGGCAAAGUUAGCCAGUGUCCGUGUGGACUCUUUGGCAGAUUUUGCAUAUGGUGCUGAUAUUGAGGUCAAUAGUACUGAUAGUAUGGUCAGUGUGCCGCCACUGUAUGGAGAGGAAGUGGUACAGCGUGCAGAGAAGCUGAUUGGAUCGUUUUUCUACAGUUUACUCUGGCAUAACUGCGAACACUAUGUCAUGUAUUGCCGCUAUGGUGUUGAAUACAGCUUCCAAACCUACCAGUUCUGCAAAGCUGUAAGGACAGCUCUCCUCAACAGGAUGACGGCCUUGCUGUCAGCUGUAAUCGGGUUCUGCAUCAUUGUGUAUUUAGGCGCUAUAACACCUCUCACCAUCCUUCCUGUUGUCAUCAUUACUUUUACCAUCUGGAUGGCAUCUUGA